AAAAAAAAAAUUUUUUUCUUCAUUCUCACGGCUUUAAAUUUUUUGACGAUUAGAAGCGAAAAAAAAUUUUUCUCAUAAUGACAGUUGGACGGAGAACUUUUCUCGUUUGGAGAAUUAUUCAAUUUUGGACUAUUCUAAAUAUAUUUAUCCUAGAAAUUGUUCAGAUAUCAGGAUUUCAUUCAACUUAUUGGUUGGGACCAGCUAAUAAUCAAAAUAUAAUCUGGGUAUCUGAGGCGAUUAGUUUUGUUGUCAUAGGACUUACAUUGGUCAAUUUCAAUGAACGAUGGGAGAAUGGACCAUUUAAAACAGAUAUGGCCUUUGAUUGGAUUUUAUUUAUCGUUUGGAAUGUUCAAAGUUUUUUGAAUAUAACACCCGCCAUUUUCGGUUAUGGAUUAAAUUGUAGUUUAGGUGCGAUUCCAUAUAAGAUAACCACAUUUGAUGGACAAACGAGAUGUCGUUUAUUCAUUGUCAGUACAGCUCUUUCAUAUUUCGCCCUUUUUACUACAGUUGUUACAUUAAUGUUAUCAAAAUCAAGAUGGGACAAUAGAGAAUUAAUUCAAUCAUCGAGUCGUAAUCGUAAAUUGCAAGCAUUUUACAAAGUUCAAAAAGGUUCAUUAGAUAAUGGUGAACCUGCAUUAUUCUUUUAUUCAAGGAAUACAUCUCCUAAUAGUUUACAUAGAACUAAAUUAAGAAAUUCAAUUAAACAUACUUUACCACCAUCAUCAUCUCCUAUUAAUAUUUCAAUACCAGAACCUGAAAUGGCUGCUAUUACAAAAGAUAGUAAAGAGACUUCUAUUGCUAUUAAUGAUGAAAAAAAUGAAAAUGAAAAAGAUGAUUCAGUUUUGAAAUAUUAAAAAUUUACAUUUGUUAUAAUAUAUAUACAUUUUUUAUAAUCUUAAUAUCUUAAUUAACAAACAUAUGUUCUAUACUAUUUGAACUUUUUUUUUCUCUUUUCCUUUAUUUUAUAUUAUAUAUUUAAUAAUAAUU